UCUCAGAGAUCAGCAGAAAAUCUUCUUUGACAAUGUAUCCCUUAUCUGAUGUCACUCUAUAUGAAGGUACGGCACUCUCUAUAUCUUUCUCUGGUUCUGGAUUUCUUUCAACCUAUCAACUCGGUGUCUCACAGUGUCUCUUGGAAAAUGCACCUUGGAUCCUGCAAAGAACAUCAAAGGUCUACGGUUCUUCUGCCGGUGCCCUAGUUGCUGCUGCUGUUGUGUGUGGAGCAAGCAUGGGUGGUGUAAGGGACGAUGUGAUCGAGUUUGCCAAACUUGUCCGAGAGCAUUCUUUUGGGCCUCUUCACCCCGCUGUUAAUGUUUUCAAGUGGAUGGAGAACACAAUUCGGCGGCGGCUGCCACUUGAAUCGCACAAGCUUGCUUCUGGGCGCUUGUGUAUCUCAAUGACAAGAGUUCCGGACGGGGAAAAUGUAGUUGUGUCGGAGUUCCAGACACAUGAGGACGUUGUCAAGGCUCUCCUGUGUAGCUGUUUUAUUCCAAUGUACUGUGGUGUGAUACCACCAAGUUACAAGGGGGUGCACUAUGUCGAUGGUGGUUUAACAAAUAUACAACCAACUCAGACACCUGGCCAGACACUAACUGUAUCACCGUUUUCUGGAGAUAUGGAUAUUUGUCCUCAGGACGACACUAGUCCGUUGUGUGACUUUGUUGUAAAUGGACACUGUUUCAAGCCCACUCUGUCAAACCUGUUCAGAGUGGUCACUGCACUGUAUCCACGUGACUGGAAGGUCCUCAGUGAGGCAUAUGUUAAUGGGUACCAAGAUACAGUGGAGUACCUACAGCAGCAUGGUGUUAUCCAGCAAAACCAUAACUGUGUGACUCGCUUUCCCUCAAAUACAAUGGCUCGUAUUAGGGAAGGCAAGUUUCCUCUGCCUGAGGAGAAUGAGAUAGAGGAGUAUGGAGAUGAGAGACCAUGUCCAAAAGCCAAUCCCCGGGACAGGGAAAGCAGUCAGAGGUUCGGGACCCAUCCCUGGGGCCUGAACUUUCUAGAACAAGCCCUGAACUCAAGCACUCCUGGGUGGAUCCAAAAUGUGUUUCUCUAUGACAUGAGUCUAUUCGGACUCAUGGGUUUCUUCAGCCUCUAUUUCCCAAUUCGACUCUUCACGAUCCUACUGAUCUCAUGCAUCCUCCCUUUCUGGGUCAUCUUCAUGGUCACAUACAGAUUUCAGCGUUGGCUCACCUUUGCUCCCAUGGCGGUGUUUUGGCUCUGGCAAGAUCUGAAGCAAAUUGUGUUCUUCGUUAGCAACUUCCUUGUGUCAACCAUGAAACAAAACUUUCGAAACAGGCUCCUGCCAGUGCUCUCUCUGCUCCCAGCUCUUGAGAUGCGCACAGAGUAUGAGAGACUUGCUGAGGUCUCCCGUGUACGCCACGGCAUUUCUGUCCUGAAGGUGGAACUCUCAACCUCUCCCUCUCAGCGUGGGACAAGCUCUGUCGACAGCGGUGACCGCCAUGUCUGCUCCCUUCAGUUCACACUCGAGUAAGAGAGUAAAAUAUUACCCCAGGGGGCGAUAGCAGGGGUGCAGCACGAUAUAAGAAUGUGUGCGGGUAGCGGAAAGUCAGCAGUAGGUUAAGUUGUAGGAUGGCACUUUAAAGCUUUUAAGACGGAUGGACCUGGCAUGUACAUGUUGGACUAUAGCCUGAGUGACUAACCAGACUGAAAAAUCAGUAUGUACCAUAUGAAUAAAAUGAUCU